AUGCUGAGCCGGCUCGGAGCGCUGCUGCAGGAGGCCGUGGGGGCGAGGUUGCCCAGUGCCCCGUCUGAUGAGGCUUCUUUCCCUGGCAAGGAGGCCUUGGCUGCCUUUUUGGGCUGGUUUGAUUACUGCGACCACCUCAUCACAGAGGCACACGUGGUGGUUGCAGACGCCUUAGCAAAGGCUGUAGCUGAGAAAUUAUUCAUGGAGAUUCUGCAGCCCCACCUCCUGCAUGUUUCUGAGCAGAGUGUGCUGACCUCCACCGCCUUGCUCACGGCCAUGCUGCGCCAGCUCCGCUCCCCUGCGCUGCUGCGAGAGGCUGUGGCUUUCCUCCUGGGUGCAGACCCGCAGCCUGCAGCCCCCGAAGAUGGCCCCCGCUCUCUGUGCGCUCACCUCAUCGGGCACUGCGAUCACCUCUCUGAUGAGAUCAGCAUCACCACGCUGCGGCUGUUUGAGGAGCUGCUCCAGAAGCCACACGAGCAGGUCCUCCGCAGCCUGGUCCUCUGCAACCUCGAGGGCCGCCAUUAUGUGGCCCGAGGCUCACCUGAGCCCGAGAGCUACGAGGACACCCUAGAUCUGGAGGAAGACCCCUACUUCACGGACGGCUUCCUCAACUCCAGCUUUCAGCCCUCUGCAAAGCCUCCCCCAGCUCCUGCCACCAACUCAGAUGGCAAAACAGCAGUGACCGAGAUCGUCAACAGUUUCCUCUGCCUGGUUCCCGAGGAAGCCAAGACCUCAGCUUUUCUAGAGGAGACUGGAUAUGACACAUACGUUCACGAUGCUUAUGGACUGUUCCAGGAGUGCAGCUCCCGAGUCGCCCCUUGGGGCUGGCCCCUCGGUCCCAUACCCCUGGACCCCCAUGAGCCUGAACGGCCUUUCUUUGAGGGUCACUUCCUCCAAAUGCUGUUUGACCGCAUGUCCCGGAUUUUGGAACAGCCAUACAGCCUGAACCUGCAAGUGACCUCAGUCCUGUCCCGGCUUGCCCUCUUCCCCCACCCCCUUAUCCAUGAGUAUCUCCUGGAUCCCUACAUCAACCUGGCCCCUGGGUGCAGGAGUCUGUUCUCUGUGCUUGUCAGGGUGAUCGGGGACUUGAUGCAGAGAAUUCAGAGAGUACCUCAGUUCCCAGGCAAACUGCUCCUGGUACGCAAGCAGCUGAUGGGUCAGGUCCCCGGGGAGCAGCUGGACCACCAGACUCUCCUCCAGGGCGUGGUGGUUCUUGAGGAAUUCUGCAAGGAGCUGGCUGCCAUCGCUUUUGUCAAGUUCCCCCCGCACAGUCCUCACCUGCACCUGUCCCCACCCCAGGAAGGGCACGUCUGAGCCAAGAGCAGGACCAGAUGGGGGACUCCUGUCCUCACCUCUGCCCAAGAGCUGCCUCGCACCUGGCAUGGCUGCCACCUCCUGCCUCCCAGGGUGGGAGCUUGGUUCCACCUCUACAUCCCAGGUGCCUCUGCCUCUGAGGAGGCCUGGGCUUCCACUCCCAGGUUAACUCAAGAAGACCGUGGCCUGUCGGUCACACCAGACUGGGUUCAGGGAGUGGGUCUCCAAGGUACCAGAAGCCAAGGAGCAAAAGAGAUGGCCUCCCAGACAGCAUGGUGUCCUCGGGGCUUUCUCAGGAGAGCUGGGUAAUUGCCAGCUGAGCACCCAGACCCAAACCCUCAUGUGUUCCGUACCUAUCACCUGUCUCUACGGACGAUUUGUGGCCAGGGCCAAAACCUGUGGCUCAAUUCCAGGGGCACAGAGGGAGUGAGUGAUGGCUCUCAGGCUGGUCAGAACUGUAGGCCAGAGAGAUGGGGGUGUGGGAGCCCUGUCUCUGUCUUGCUAGGUACAACAGAUGCUGCUGAGACUUGACAUUUUUUCUCCUGCCUUCUUGACUUAACCUGUGGUGAAGGGGCAGUGGAUGGCAGAGAAGCCCAUUCUCCCUUCCCGGCCCUUUUGGAGGCUGUUGCAAAAUUCCCAACCACCUCAUGGCAAACGCCCAAAGCAUGCUCCGCGCCCAGGCGGGGGCAGCUGCUAAUGAGAGACUUGGUGCAACUGCAGCCAGGGCAGGAGAGGGCUUGGGAAGUGGGGGGCUGGGUGCCAGGCUCUGGCUCCAGCUGGUUUCUCUCUGGCGCCUCUGAACCCGUCUCGGCAGGUCCUCAACACCUGGGCAGAGGGGAUCAGAGACCCGGGGAGGCCAGGCCUGGCCCUCCACAUCUCACCCAGCCCACAGAGUUCUUGACGGAAUACUCUUCCAGGGGAGCAAGAGAGCCAAGGGGAGAGAUGAGGCCAGGAUGCCCACCUGACCCCAAGCCCCCAAGGCCUAGCGGGGAGGUGCUGGGGCACAGGCAGCCAGUUGUAGUGUUGUUCUCCCUGCAUGCCCUUCACAGCUGGGGCUGCCACCCCACCCGGCCCGAAUCUGUCUCAACCUGCAGGAACACACAGGCGGCGCCAGGCAUUACCUCACAGCAGGACUGCAGUUGCUGGCUUCGCUCCUGGGCAAGGAGGAGCAGGCCAGAGCCCCUUUCGCUUCCUUUUCCUGCCUAUGCCGCUUCUAGAAGCCGGCCGCAGGUUGCCAGGAGGUGGCAUGAAAGAGGAGGAACUCAGUGACCUCUCCCUCUCCUGCAUUCCUCCAAGCUGGGGAGGACUUAACUGCCGCUCUGAAGGACACCGUGCAUGUGCGUGCAUGCGUGUGUGCGCACGUGGGUGUUGGCGUGGGACAGGGGAGCAGAGCUCAUGGGGCAAGUUGGGUCUGACCUCUUCAAGUCAGAAAACAUUUGAGCAUCCGGGAGUCACAGAUCCUCCCCUCCUCCAUCCCCCUCAGCAUUCGCACUGCGUCCCCCCAGACAACACAGCAAUCAAUGGUUUGGUUGCGUGGGCACAGCUGCCCCGAUCUCCACCGUUCGUGUCCUCCUGCGCAGGCCUCCGCUGCUCAUUCAGGCCCAUCUUCCUCCCUGAGAAUGACAAAUUCCUUUUCCAGCACUAGAGCGGAGGGGGGCAGUGUGCUGGGGGGCGGGUGGUAAAUAGAGACAGGCUCUGGCAGCGCAAAUCUGAUGUUCCUCUGCGCCUGCCAGGAACCAGGCUCUCUCUUGGCCAAGCCACACUAUUUCUGCCCAGCUUACCUACAGCCGAGAGCCAGCUAGCCUCGGAGACUCCGGGAAAGAAUGGGCCGUCUGAAGCAUCUGUAUGCAAGUCUCAUUUUGAGGUUUGUAUGUUGGGAGUUGUAUGAAUGCUUUAGUGGACUUCAUAUUUUAAAAACCUGGUCCCUAAAUGUAUGCGUGUGGGGGUGCACUCAGGAGGGGUAGCUGAGAGAACUCCGGGAGAGAGCAAGUUGGAAACUUGGAGAGGGCUGCUGAGUGGCUCUCACCUCAGUGCAUGUCAGAAUCACUUGGUUUGCUUUUUACAAUACCAGUGAAAGCCGUGUCUCUGGGGGGCGGCCCAGCAUUGUUACUAAAGCUCUCCAGGUGAUUCUAAUGGGCACCCAGGGUUGAAAACUACUAUAGGCUAAAGUGGGAGCAAAGUUUGCCCUUCGACAUGGAUAUAGACUGGUGGGUCUCUCAGACCCUGAGAGAAGUGAACCAGAGUGAAAGGGUUUGGUUCCAUCAUGUGGGAGAUGUUUGUCCUCAGAGGGGACAAAAGGAUUCCUACCACAGCCUAACGCUAGAAAGAUAAGAUGGCAGGGGGAGGGGAUGGGAAGGGGGCCUUGGAGGUUAUCCUGGGUCUUCAGUGUCAGAAUGGAGUUACCUCAGAAGGGAAGCCUCAUCAAGUGUGUCCUUGCUCAGAACCAGAAAUCUGUAUUACGUCCAUUGAGUAGCACGAUAUAUUUUCUUUGUUCACUUCCUGUGGUUUUUUUCCUUAAAUUUUAGUAAAGUUCUUUAAAAAAAAAAAAAAAAAAUUUUUUUUUUUUUUUUU